AUGGGCCCGUCAAGAGUUCAGUUGAUCAUGAUUUCAUCCAAUAUUCCCAAGGAAGCUACCAUAUCAGGUACACAACAGCGAAAACUUGCUCAUUCACACGCUGCUCGCUCGGCACACGCCAAGGCAAGACGUCUACGAACAAUACAAUACCAAGCCCAGAAAAGGUCCGCAAAGCAGAGUGAUCCAGCCGAGAAUUGUGAUGAAGAGGGAUCCCCGAUAGAGUUUCCCACAUCCCAGAUUAUCCGCAAUUUGCCGGCUGAUCGGAAAGAUCCAUUCAUGAGCUUUGCAACACCACUAAAGCCUGUCGAAGAAAUGCUAUUUGACCACUAUGUGACCGUUAUUGUCCCUCUUAUGCGUUGUGAGGAGCCGACCCUUGAGUUUACUGAACGCAUGACGAGGACCUGGGUACCUCUCGCACGCACCGAUGCAAGUCUUCUAGAUAUAAUAUUCCUUCUAUCAUCUCGCCACCUAUCUGCGAUCAAUACACAAUCACAGCAGAGGUCAGCCUAUACUCAAAGGGCAUUUCACUAUAAAAGCACAUGUUUGAGAAUACUACGCGACGCAAUCUCGAAUGAGGCACCCUAUUUUAGUGACUCUACAAUUGCAAAAGCGAUAAUGUUGGCUUAUGAUGAGGUAGAGUCUAUCCCAGAGUUGAACAAAGUGUUUUGUUUCUAA